AUGGAUGUGAGAGUGUUAGGUUUGAAGAGCCCGGUGGUGCCGACCAUCCACCACCUGAUGAACAUGUCCGACGAGAUGGAGAAGUGCAUGGGUGCGCCCACGCGCGCCUACGUCCAGGACGCCAGGGCCAUGGCCUCUACCCCCGCCGACAUCAAGGAGCUCCCAUCGGCCUACGCCUUCAUCGUAGACAUGCCUGGCAUCAAGCGGGCCGACAUCAAGGUCCAGGUCGAGGACGACCGCGUCCUUGUCAUCGGCGGCGAGCGCACCCGCGACCCCCCUGGGGAGGAAGACGGCGGGAAGUACCUGCGGAUGGAGCGGCGCGUCGGCAAGUCCAUGCGCAAGUUCGCGCUCCCGGACAACGCGAAUGUGGACGCCAUCUCCGCCGUGUGCCAGAACGGCGUGCUUACCGUCACUGUCCAGAAGGUACCGCCGCCGGAGCCCAAGAAGCCUAAGACCAUCGAGAUUAGGGUUUCUUGAGCACUAAUCAAGUCAUCUUUUUCCGCGAUCUGCUAUGGUGUUUUGUUAGCUUGAUUUUGUGGGCUGGGAACCCAAUCUGAGAGUCGACUGUAGAAAUGCUUAGGAUCUCUUAAAAAUAUGUGUAAUUUGACAAAUUGGUACAUGGACAUUUUAGACA